AUGUGGCGCCCUGCAGCGCCGCCCGCCGCCGCCGCCGCCGCCGGGGGCCAGUCGCGGAGGGAGGACAUCCGCAACGUGGCCAUCAUUGCCCACGUCGACCACGGCAAGACCACGCUGGUGGAUGCGAUGCUGAAGCAGGCGAAAGUGUUCCGUGAGAACCAGGCUGUGGAGACGCGCAUCAUGGACUCAAACGACCUGGAGCGCGAGCGGGGCAUCACCAUCCUUUCCAAGAACACGGCUGUGCGGUACAAGGGCAACAAGAUCAACAUCAUCGACACCCCCGGCCACGCCGACUUUGGCGGCGAGGUGGAGCGAGUGCUCAACAUGGCCGACGGCGUGCUGCUGCUGGUGGACAGCGUGGAGGGGCCCAUGCCGCAGACGCGGUUUGUGCUGCGCAAGGCGCUGGAGCUGAACAAGAAGGUGGUGGUGGUGGUGAACAAGGUGGACCGCCCCGCGGCGCGUUCCGACUGGGUGGUGGACCAGACCUUUGAGCUCUUCCUGGACCUGGGCGCCUCGGACGAGCAGUGCGACUUCCCUGUUGUGUAUGCCUCUGGCAUCGCCGGCAUUGCCGGCGAUUCGCCCGACAACCUGGCUGAUGACCUGGAGCCGCUGUUUGAUGUGAUCGUGCGCGAGGUGGCGCCCCCCGUAGUGCAGAUGGAUGCCCCGCUACAGCUCCUGGUGACAAACUUGGAUUAUGAUGAACAUAAGGGCCGCAUUGCCAUUGGGCGUGUGCAGAGUGGCACCAUUCGCAAGGGGGACUCCAUUGUGUUCACCAAGCCAGGCGACGUGAAGCCGCAGUCGGGCCGCAUCAGCGAGCUGUUUGUGUACGACAACUUUGCCCGCACCGCGGUGGACGAGGUGGCGGCGGGCGACAUCUGCGCGCUCACCGGCCUAAGCGCGGUGUCCAUUGGCGAGACCAUCUGCGACCCCGCUGACAUACGCCCUCUGCCCACAAUCGAGGUGGAGGAGCCCACUGUGCGCAUGACCUUCAGCGUCAACACCAGCCCCUUUGCCGGCCAGGAGGGCAAGUAUGUGACCAGCCGCAACCUCAAGGACAGGCUCGAGCGGGAGCUGGAGCGCAACCUGGCGCUGCGGGUGGAGCCGGGGGCGGGCGCCGAGUCGUUUGAGGUGUCGGGCCGCGGCUCCCUGCACCUUGGCAUUCUCAUGGAGAACAUGCGGCGCGAGGGGUAUGAGUUUGAGGUUGGCCCCCCCAAGGUCAUUACCAAGAUCGACCCCCAGACUGGUGGGCGCAUGGAGCCGAUGGAGGAGGCUGUGAUUGAGGUGCCGGAGGAGCAUGUGGGGCAGGUGGUGGACCUGAUGGGCCAGCGCAAGGCACAGAUGGUGGACAUGACCGCGGGUGGGUGCUGCUCUGAGAGCACCACCCGGCUCAAAUACGAGAUCCCCACCCGCGCGCUGCUGGGCAUCCGCAAUGCCAUGCUGACCGCCACCAAGGGCACCGCCGUGCUCAACACCAACCUCAUUGGCUACACGCCAUAUGUGGGAGAGAUCCAGACGCGCGACAACGGCAGCCUCGUGUGCUUCGAGACCGGGCAGGUCACCACGUAUGCGCUCGAGUCGGUGCAGCAGCGUGGGCGCCUGUUUGUAAAGCCAGGAGAGGGGGUGUAUGAGGGCCAAGUGAUCGGCAUCUACCAGCGCCAGGGCGACCUCAAGGUCAACUGCUGCAAGAAGAAGGCAAUGACUAACAUCCGGGCCGCCUCCAAGGAUGCCACCACCGUCAUCUCAGAGGCGAUUCCAGUGAACCUGGACUAUGCGCUAGAGUACGUUGUGGAUGACGAGUUGGUUGAGGUGACCCCCAGCUCGGUGCGCAUGCGCAAGAACCCCAGCAAGAAGGGAGGCAAGAAGGCUUAGGCUUGAGGUCAACCCACGAUGCAGCGCUUUUGUAACCCGGGCCCCGCGCCCAGAUGACCCGAAUGAAUGCAGCUAUAGAGUUUGUUUGUUUCAUUCCCCUGGCACUGAAGUUUACCACAAUUUUAUUCUUUUGUGCGCAUCGUAAAGCCCCAUUCCUUUGCACUAGCUUUCAGCCCUUCUCUGUAACGCCACUACCGCC